AUGGCAGAGUCAGCCCCCCCUCGACGAAAAUCCUGCGAAUCAUGCAAGACAGCCAAGCGGAGAUGCGAUCUGGCCUUUCCGGCUUGUUCUCGGUGUGUCAGCCGGAAUGUGCAAUGUGUCUAUCCGGGGAGACAGAUGAAUGCAGAUCUAGACUUGGUCGAUGUAUUGUCUGGUCUAGAGUUGGACGCAUCAUCGAAUAUGGGGAUUGUCAAUAUGGAAAUACCUAGCUAUAUCUCGCAAGAAUUGAUACUGCAGUCAACUGGUCCAUCUCCAUCGCCGUCUCUCCCGGCCAUCAUUGCUAGUCGGUUACAGUUUGCGAUGGAUAUACUGCAGGCAGCUCCGAGGAUGAUGGUUACCCAGACUCAGACACCGUGGUGCCAUUCUCAGCUGUAUAGAAAUGGCAUGCCGAGAGUUAUGCAAGAUGCAUUCGCCGCCUGCUCCCUCUACAUGACCAAAAACACCAUCAACGCCCCCGUAAUCCUCUCCAUCUUCGACUCUCGCGUAAAUGACCUCAUCUCUCUCCCCACCCCGUCUUCCCCCCUCGACCUCCUCGCCCGCACCCACGCUUUAAUCCUCUACCAAAUCAUGCGUCUCUUCGACGGCGACAUUCGAUCCCGCACAGCCGUCGAAUCCCUCUUCCCAACCCUGGAAUACCUCGCCUGCACCCUCAUGGAACACAUCUACCUCCCUGACCCAACAACCGACACCCUCCUCCCCUCCGCGAUAGAAUCCGUAAUGACCUUCUGGGACGACUGGAUCUUUCAAGAGUCCGCCCGUCGCACCGUCCUGCUCACGUUCUACUUUAUGCAGAUCUACAAAACCCUUCAAGGUAAGAUGCCGCUAUACUGCGAUGGACGGUUAGGGCUGGUGCAUGCGUGGUACUCGUCUGCGCAUUUAUGGGAUGCGCGGGAUGCGUUUGAUUUUGCGGUUGCGUGGACGGAUAAGCCGCAUUUGGUUGUGCAGAAUGGGGACUUUUCGGGACUGUUGGAGGUCGCAAAAGGGGAGGAUGUGGAUUUGUUUGGGAAGAUGUUGUUGGUGACUGUUUUGGGGGUUGAGAAGGUGAAGGCGUGGUUUUAUGAGAGGGGGUCUGAUUUGAUAUCAAUCCCUGCGGUGACACCUCCUGAUGCCCUGUUUGAAAUAUGA